AAAAGCUCCCUCCCUGCUUCACUGUUCCAUCCUCUCUCGCUCUCUGUUUCAGUGCAAUGUCGCUCCUCACUGAUCUUAUCAACCUCAAUCUCUCAGAUUCGACGGAGAAGAUCAUUGCAGAGUAUAUAUGGAUUGGAGGAUCUGGUACGGACUUGAGGAGCAAAGCGAAGACUCUUCCAGGACCAGUGACUGAUCCCAGCCAGCUACCGAAAUGGAAUUAUGAUGGCUCGAGCACUGGUCAAGCUUUGGGGGACGAUAGCGAAGUGGUUCUGUACCCUCAGGCUAUCUAUAAAGAUCCUUUCAGGAAGGGAAACAACAUUCUUGUCUUAUGUGACUGUUACAGCCCAAAUGGAGAGCCAAUCCCCUCUAACAAACGAUAUAAUGCCGCUAAAAUUUUUAGCCAUCCUGAUGUAGCUGCUGAAGAACCUUGGUAUGGAAUUGAGCAGGAGUACACUCUUCUUCAAAAGGAUGUCAAGUGGCCCCUUGGCUGGCCAUUGGGUGGCUUUCCAGGCCCCCAGGGUCCAUACUAUUGCUCCGUAGGUGCCGACAAAUCAUUUGGUCGUGAUAUUGUUGAUUCCCAUUACAAAGCUUGCCUAUAUGCAGGGAUCAACAUUAGUGGCGUCAAUGGAGAGGUGAUGCCUGGUCAGUGGGAAUUCCAAGUUGGUCCAGCCGUUGGCAUUUCUAUUGCUGAUCAGUUAUGGAUUGCUCGCUAUAUUCUCGAGAGGAUUACUGAAAUUGCUGGUGUGCUCCUUUCGUUGGACCCAAAGCCCGUGCCGGGGGAUUGGAAUGGCGCUGGCGCCCACACGAAUUAUAGGUAA